UUUUUUUUUUCUUCGGUCUUUUCGAUAAAUCCCCCCAUCCCCUUUAUCUCCUAUUAUUGUUAUUGUUAUUAUUAUUUUUCUUUAUCUUUUUAUAUAUUAUAUACUUGUGUUUCCUUUCUUUAAGCUUACUUUUUAUAUACAUUUCUUUUUUUUUUUUUCAACACAUUCAUUUAAAAUGCAAAAUCAAGAUUCAUCACUACCGAUUCAUUCAUCUACCGAAAUAAACUCAAAUCUUGUACAAUUUAAAGUUCUAGAAUCAAAUAAAAAUGACAUGGACAAUAAUUAUUCAAAAGAGUUAAACCAUACUAGUAAUAAAAAUACCGAGUUAACUCAAUUUUGUAUAAAAAGUCCUCACACUUAUAAACUCGGAUACCCUUCUUCUCCAUUAUCUAUGAUCACUACAAAUAUGAUAACUGAAUCUUCCUCUUCUUCUUCUACUAUGACUACUACUAUAAAUGAUAUAACCGCUUUCCUCGAUGGCUCUUCUUUUUCAAAAAAGAGAUCAGUCACACAUGAUGAUAAACUAUUUACAAGCUAUAAAAAGAAACCGAGGAUUUUAAAAGCAGAUAAUUGCAAUUUAUUUUCAAGUCGACAACUUACUAUGGACGAUCAUGAUACAUUAAAGGCCUUACAGCAAAUACCUUCCAUGAUAAGCAUCUUUGAUUCGAUACCAGCUAAUCUCAAGUCUCGUCUAUUAUUUCAAUUAUUAAAACGAUCAUCAAUAGAUACCCUUCAAUUUAUAAACUCAGCCAUUGUCCCUGUUUUAAAGCAUGAUCUAUUAUCUACAUUACCCUUAGAGAUUUCAAGAUAUAUUAUAAGUUAUUUGGAUGCAUUUUCAUUAAGUACAGCUUCAUGUGUAUGUAAGAAAUGGAAAUCCAUCAUAGAUACGGAUGAUAAAGUAUGGAAACAACUUUUAAUAAAGGAUGGCUAUUCACUUGUUAAUCCAUUACCAUCUAUGAAUGUAUCAAUCACUACAAACUAUAGUUAUUAUAAAAAAUUAUAUGCGAUACAUCAUACAUUAAGACAAAAUUGGAGAAAGGGAAGAGCAGAGGAAAGGACGUUUAGGGGUCAUGAAAAAUUUGUAGUGACAUGUUUACAGUUUGAUGAUGAUAAAAUUGUAUCUGGAGCAGACGAUGCUCAUGUUAAUAUUUAUUCUACUGCAACAGGCAAGAAACGAAUGACGCUUGAGGGUCAUGAAGGGGGUGUAUGGGCUCUUCAAUAUCUGGAUAAUACUCUGGUCACUGGCUCUACUGAUCGACGGGUACGUGUCUGGGACAUGGAAACUGGCAAAUGUACACAUAUCUUUAAUGGACAUACCUCCACUGUAAGAUGUUUACUGAUCACGAAGCCUAUUCAAGGGAAUGAUCCAUCUUUAAUCAUUACUGGCUCGCGUGAUUCUACUUUAAGAAUCUGGAGGUUACCUAAUCCAAAGGAUGUGGAGGGACACUAUUUUGGAGAUACAUCCACUAAACCAAAUCCGUAUUUUGUACGUGCUUUAGUUGGUCAUGGUCAGUCUGUUCGAGCCAUUGCAGCACAUGGUGAUACACUCGUAAGCGGUAGUUAUGAUCAUACCGUUCGUGUCUGGAAUAUCAGAACAGGUCAUACAGUUCAUGUCUUGGAAGGUCAUACAAACAGAGUUUAUUCAGUCGUAAUUGAUUCAGAAAGGAAUCGUUGUAUGAGUGGCAGUAUGGACUCAAGUAUACGUAUUUGGGAUUUAAAGACAGGUGAUUGUAUCAAGAAACUAGAGGGUCAUACUGUCCUGGUCGGGUUACUAGGAUUAAGUAAAAAUUAUCUCGUCUCUGCUGCUGCAGAUUCAAUUUUGAGAAUUUGGUCACCUGAUACAGGUGUUUGCCAACAUGCGUUAGCAGGACAUGCUAAUUCGAUUACAUGUUUUCAGCAUGAUAAUGAUAAAAUUAUUUCAGGCUCAGAAGGUGGUUUAAAGAUGUGGGAUAUUAAAACUGGACGCUUUAUUCGGGACUUGAUUACGGAUGUAGAUGGUAUAUGGCGAGUUGUAUUUGAUGGUCGUCGAUGCAUUGCAGCAAUUCAAAAAAAUAAUGAAACUUCUUUCAAGAUAUUUGAUUUUGGUGUACAUAGACUAAGUAAUUAUUUAAUAUAAUCUUUUGUUUUGUUUCUUGUUUAAUAUAUCCGAUUUCUGCAAGUAUUAUACAUAUAUGUAUGAUACAUUGAAUUUAGCAAUUGAAUCAGUUCAAAAGUGUAAUAUGUAUAAAAUAAACUAAUUGUUGAAUAUUAAAAAUAAAAGGAUGGUGUUGGUGUUGGUGUUGGUGUUGGUGUUGGUGUUGG